GCCCCAGGGCCCGAGCACAACCUCUGCACAGCCGUAGCCGGGGGUGCGAAGUUUCGCUUCGCCUGACGCGGCUGCCGGCGCCGGGUGGACUUCGGCCGUCUCGCGUCGACGGGGCAGAGGAACCGCGCAAAAAACAAAACGAAGCCCGAGAGAAUAUUCGCGGCGUUUAAUUCGUUCCUCUCCUGGCCGUCCCAGCCCGCCGUCGUUCCUCAACGGUGCGUGUGGUGUACAUGCUGUCUUUCUGCGUACGCGCCUCCCAGUACUGGCUCGCCGUCUCGAUGUCUCCGGUGACCGUGGUGUCUUCGCCGUUCAAACAGGAUUCUACCGUCUAACUGACGUCGUUGUCGCAGACGGGACUGCUGUCGUAAUCGGCGGAGUGACUUGUGCGAUCGCGCCUCCUGCUUAGCUUCCUACAUACUGUUUUGUUUCCUUCACCUAUCGCUCGCUUCACAAAUCAUUCGUGAUUUCAGCGUUCUCUGACCGCGGCUGAGUCGUUUUAGUGCUUGGGGAAAAAAGUACACCGUGCUCUCCCGAAGGACGUCCCUUCGCUGCCUCGCCCGCGUAGCACUGGCCGAACGACGCCGGUCGGUGCCGGAGAUCCACGGACCCUAGAAGGUCAAAUCUACAACCCUUCUUGCCGAAGAAGGAACGGAAGAGGUCUGCGCUGGGCGUCACUGCAAGCCUAGAAAACUGACAUCUACCCAAGAUGACGUGGGGCCGGUCGUCCACGGCCAAGAGGCCGCUCGCCCUCGGUCCGGGCCCCGCGAGGGCCGACCCCCAGCGGUGCAACCUCCGCGGGCGUCCCACCGCCUGACCGGCGGCCGUGCAGCGGCUGCAGCAGCCCCGGAGGCUGCGGCGGCGGCCAUGGGCGCCCACCCUCACCAGCAACGAACCCCGCUGCUGGGAUCCCGCUGCGCGCGCAGGCGCCGCUGGCGGGACCCGCGGCUCGUCUUCCUGUCGGCCAUCCUGGUUUUCGGAGGCCUCAGUUACCUGCAGGCGCCUUCCUGGCCCGGCUGCGGGACCGACGUGACCCGGCACGGCGAAGGCUUGGAGCCGCUGGGCCGGCUGUCGUGGAGCUCUCGGUCCCUGCUGAACAGCGCCGUCGGCAACGAGAGCGACGGCAACGGCACCACCGCCAAGAAGAGCGCCCAGUUCCCCCAUGACCUGUUCACCGAUGAGCAGCUUCGGCGGGGCGCCGUCAUCCUGCACGUGAUGGGCAUGGUGUACAUGUUCGUGGCGCUGGCCAUCGUGUGCGACGAGUUCUUCAUACCGGCGCUGGACGUGAUCACCGUGAAGCUGGACAUCUCCGAGGACGUGGCCGGUGCCACGUUCAUGGCCGCGGGCGGCUCGGCGCCCGAGCUCUUCACCAGCGUGAUCGGGGUGUUCAUCUCGUUCGACGACGUGGGCAUCGGCACCAUCGUGGGGUCGGCCGUGUUCAACAUCCUCUUCGUCAUCUCCAUGUGCGCCAUCUUCUCCAAGUCGGUCCUUCAGCUCACCUGGUGGCCCCUGUUUCGCGACGUGAGCUUCUACUCGGUGAUCCUCAUCAUCCUGAUGCACUUCUUCCGGGACAGCAUCAUCUACUGGUGGGAGGCCCUGGUGCUGCUCUGCUGCUACGCCUCCUACGUGACCUUCAUGAAGUUCAACGAACCUUUGGAGAAGAUGCUCAAGAAGCUCCUCAAUCGCAACAAGGUGACGCGUGUGGGCAGCACGGAUCACCUCAUGCCGCAUGCGGUCAAGAGGAAGCAGUCGGCGGCAUCGGAGCUGCGCGCCCUGCGGCGGAUGCAGUCGGUGGUGCUGGAGGGUUCGGCGCCGGGCGAGGAGGGCCAGGCGCUGCCGCCCCUCUCCGCAGCCGUGGCGGCCGGGGAAGGGCCCUUAGCGCCCCCGGCGCCAGACAGCGCGCUAGAGCCAGACAACGGCGUCGAGGACGACGACAGUGUGUAUCAGCCCCCGUCCCCCCCACCGAUGGCGAGGAGGAGAAUGAGCGCUCCCAUCCUCCACUCCGGCAGCAAGUUCCGGCACGGACUACUGCAGCUCCUCAUCCACUCCAUCGACCCCCUGCACGAGCACGAAGGGGAAGCCAAUGCCAAGCUGGACGAGAAGGCGUCCCAGCUGCACACUAUCGCGUCCCUGCGCGUGUUGCUGGACGCGACCAAGCCCGGCGGUGAGGGCCAGUCCUCCUCGGGCGUGGCCAAUGGCGGUCCCCCCCCGGCCCCCAUCGGGGGCUGCCCUCGGGGGGGAACCCAGGAUGGCAGCAGCGGCUCCGCCGAGACGCGCCUCACCAGCCUCAGCAACAGCGAUGCCCUCGUGCGCGUCGACUCCGUCUCGAACCUACAGAGCGACUCGUCCAUAACGUCCAACCUGAGCGAGAAGAUGGCGGCGGCGAGCGGAGGCGGCGUGGCCAUCCUGCACCAGCGGCCGGCACCCAUACAAGAGUCCAUCGAAACGGCCAGCCUGCCGGCCGCAGGUGACGCCAUCGCCACAGCGCUUCCGGACUCCGGGUACAACAGCGCCACAGCAGCGCAGGCCGUGCAGGCGACCAAGGAGCUUCCCCCGGACACGAUCGAGGAGACCAACGAACCGCUGAGUGUCGCCUGGCCGGACACGUGGCGCGAGCGGUUCAACUACGUCGUCUUGGCGCCCAUCAUCUUCCCGCUCUGGCUCACCAUGCCCGACGUACGCAGGCCGGAGAAAGUGAAGUUCGUGGCCGGUUCCUUCCUGGGCAGCAUCGCGUGGAUCGCCAUCUUUUCCUACCUCAUGGUUUGGUGGGCCACCGUGGUCGGCCACACGCUAGGCAUCCCCACCGAGGUGAUGGGCCUAACUUUCCUGGCGGCGGGCACAAGCAUUCCGGACCUCAUCACGAGCGUCCUGGUUGCCCGCAAGGGCUUCGGCGACAUGGCCGUGUCCAGUUCCGUCGGAAGCAACAUCUUCGACGUGGCCGUUGGGCUCCCGCUGCCAUGGCUGCUGUCGUGCAUGAUAUACGGGCCUGUGAAGGUGAGCAGCAGCGGCAUGGCCUGCUCCAUCUUCAUCCUCUUCAUGAUGCUGCUGUUCGUGAUCAUCACCAUCGCGCUCUUCCGCUGGCGCAUGAACGUCGGCCUGGCGAUGGUCAUGUUCUUCCUCUACUUCGUCUUCAUCACCUGCAGCCUCCUGCUCGAGUACGAAGUGGUGCGCUGCACCGACAUCAUCAAAUCCCUGAGGCUCCGAUGAAGACGCUCUCCGCACUGUGCACCCUCCCUCUCCACUUUCCUCGAGUGUGCGCGCAAUGUGACGAUGGGACAGGAAAUGACGCGUGUCCUCUGCCGCAAUCUCCGACGUGUCGCGGGUCUGCGUCCCGUACGAUACACGCGAUUCUGGACGUGCCACACUGGGAAAACCGCCCGUUGCUCCUCAACGAUACAGGGCGCGAAGGCUGUUCAGCCGUACGCUUACAACGCUUGGAGGAGCUCGUAUGCAACGUGUGCCGUUGAGAACAGACGUGACGCGACGAGCGAAGAGAAAGAAAGGGGACGCGUCGUCGAUGACCGCGGUGACAGGCCAAUCAUCGACCACGAUUGGCACAACGCGACAUGUGCUUCUGAGACAAGACUUCGCAGCGCAGAAGACAUCGCCUCGAAAAGUCGGGGCAUUGGGUCAACUUUACAAGUGCGGUGACUGCUGCGUGACCGGUCUCCACAAACUUGCGAAGUGAGGUCCUUUCGUAGGGUGUUUAAGUGCUGGAAAAGUGCAGCGCCUCGGCGUCGAUACGUUAGCGAUGGCUUCACGUAUCAUCGUACGUGUGGCGAAAAUGGAAGAAAGAAAGUAUGAUGCCACCUUAUCGCAAUGCAGGAAACCAGUACGGUGAAGAUCGCGGAUUAUCUCAAAGCCUGUUAAUGCUGCAGCGGCCUUGCGGUAGGCCUCCUUUGUAUGCAGGCCACUUGGUAGUGUGUUUCACAAGCAACCAGACCGUUUCCUGCAGCUGUCGAUGAGGUUUAGGCGUACAACGUGGCGCUCAUUCUACAGUGUUCACGCGCCUUUUGCAAACGAUAAGAGUAUACGCCGUUUCUCUCUGUCUUUAUCGCCUCGUAGCAACCCAGAGAUUUAUCGGCUGCCCACACAGCUGGAGUAACCGAUCACCUUGUCUCACGUUUGUGAGCAGCGCGACGCUUGUACCUCUAACGUCUCCUCGCUUGCGUGCUUUGCUUAGUCACUGAGGAGGCGAUUCGCGCUCGCGACCAAGGCCGCGAAGAAAGGAAAUUCCGUUGCGUGUAGAAUGAGACACACACACACAGAAAAAAAAUGCGUCCCCUGCUCCGCUUCCAAUCCUCCGUGUGCGUCAGGUGGAAGCAAUGCUCGAUUCUCGUGUCAGGUCGGGGUCUUCCAGCAGCUCGCUUCUUCCAUCUAUCUAUACGUCCUCUUCUCCGUAUCGUGCGUUUCUGUUGGUCAGCGCCAUCGAAACGAGGCCUCUGUGCCUCGCUUUGCGAAAGGGGGCCACGUGGAACAAUGGCAGUCGGAACUGAGCUUCCCUCUUCAUCAGUCUGUCGCUCCAGCCCCUUGUGGACGUGGCGUGGUGCAGACGUCUUCAGAUUAUUACCCAUGGAUAUCCACGAGAGCAAACACUUUACUUCUUCCGUUCGUCAUCCUAAGCAACCAUACUAAAGCCAUCCGGGACACGCGUACGAGUAGUUAGGGUAAACCGCCUGAAAAAAAAAAUAAUAAUAAGCUUGGCGCCUUACAAGCGGUCCCCAAGCUUUCUGGCUAGGAUUACUGAGUUUUUUUAGAAGCUGAGAAGGUUCUAACAUGGAUAAAAAACAGCGCUAUUAUAACUCGCCUAUGCGUUGGUUAUAAGACGCUGUGUCUUGUCGUUAUCAAGCUGAUACACACAAACACAAAAAGAGAACGAUCGGCGCAGUUUCGGGCCAUCAGUAAGUGCGCUUUGAUUUUGGGCUGAAUUGUUGCUCUAUCUUGAGCCCACUAGGCGCGGACAUUAAUUUUGUUUUGCUAGUGUUUUGACAUCUCGUUGAGCGACAAGCGCACAAGCGGCGAGAGCGACGCAAAAUUAGCGAACCUUGUCCUCUGGCAAAUACGCGGUAUCGAAUCUGAAAUAGAUCGCAUCAGCACUAACAUAUGUCUAAGGGAUUCGGGGAAAUGACAUCGGUUGUUAUAACCGUGAUGCUUCUUGUGCGCUUUAUUUUGAUGUCGCGGAUGCUUCUUUGUAUAUCUUCAUUUGUGUUCUUGCUAUAGGAACGGGAAUGUGUGUUACACCGAGUGGCUACUGCUACGGAAACUAGUAGGCGCAAUUACCCGCCCUUUGAGCAAGUGUACAGUAAGUACUCGAAACGCGUCCCGCCGGGCCACAUAUAUAUUGUUCUAAAAUCAAUUGUUGAAAACUAUUGCAGCAGGCAAGAAAAAGAAACACGGCACUUUGGCGUGAUGAAAAUUUGUUCUUACUGCAGCUCAGAUAUCCACUUCAAAGCUGACUUUCAUUGUUUUCUUUUUAUUUUCAGAUGUUUCUUUUAAAUAGUUCCUUUAUUUACAUCCAGUAAUAUUGGUGCUGUCGUGGUUACAAAUUAUAGAUAUAAAAGAUUCUUUAAUAACAAUAAGUAAAUGAAACACUGCAUCAUUUUUGCUUCCAGCAAAAGUAUUAACGAUAGAAACCGAGGACCAGAAACAGCACAGCUUCCAUAACGGUUUACCUUCUGUUUUUGUUGAGCCUCCGCAUAUACGCUGAUUAAAAAAAAAAAUGCAUCGUGUUUUUCUCUACGCACCUGCGCAGAUCGCGGGUUCGUUUCAAACAGAGGUAAAACUCCGACGUUCAGACUACGUACGGUGCGAAGGACUGAUCAUGGUCAUGACCCCAUUCCCUCCGCGUCACCUCUUCUCCCGUUCUCUACUUCCCCUCCGGUCUGCACAACUCAUUCGUGAACAUCGUUCAAGCAUCUCGUUGUAGAGGCGUAGUCAUCGUAAUUCUCCCUGUGCUACCUUGACUAAAUUCAUUUAGGCAGUCUGUAGAAAGUCUAAAGAUGUUUUCCAUGAGGCAACGUCUAGUGACGGCAUAUUGGCUGUCCCUAAGCAUUUUUAUCAAGUAAUGGCUUAGGAAGUUAUAUAAGGCAUUAGGAAGUUAUGAACCACAAGUAGACUUACGAAAAGAGACUCUUUAAUGGCUGGUCCAAGCAAGCAAGAAAUUUGCAUAGCCAAAGGCAACGAGUCUGUGAGCAACAAAAGCACCCUACCAAACGUCUAUGGACACCCUACAGACUGCUUACGUAUUCAUUCUCGCAAAGGUACGUACUCUUCUAUAAGGGUACGGUGUCCACGCAUUGUUAGCCCAGGUCUCUCCACGUAAGCUUCCACAGAUGUCGCCCACAGCCUUCCUCGCGGCCAUAAUCACCAAGACCGCCCGCCAUCCCGAAAGCUUUCUUUCUUUUUUAUUUCUUCUUGUUUUUGCCGAGACGCCUGUCUAUCGCUCGCUUCAACUGAGGGCGACUCGCGUGAACCGUGUAGCUGCCAACCCAUUCCCCGGGGUGUAAAACCUAUGCCGUCUGUGUAUGUGUCGACGAAUCCAUGCUUAGGCUCGGGUGCGAAGCUCCGGGCGAGCGAGCGAGAACCCGUCACGCCCUCUCGUUUCAUCGGGAAGCACCCGGAGGAGCGUUCCACUAGCACGUCCUUCCCGGGAGAAAACGGCCCAAUGGCGAGGCAGGCCUCGUCUGUGGACUUGUAUUCCUGGUUUGGGGCUCCUUCUCACGUUGUUAUUCGCAAUGAAGGACUGUAUAAACUAUUAUAUCUGCGCAUAAAAAAAAACCGUGGUUGUUAACUGUUUGGUUUUUCUGUCCAAGUAGUGGGGGUCUUCGGAGGAUGUCCGUUAAAGAAAAGAAAAAAAACAGAAGUAAUGUUGCUCGGAAUCUCUUCGAAGAGCACUCUUUAUCCGCCUGUGCUCAAAAGAAAGAACCAGAUGUUAUGACUUGUUGCAUGCGCGAGUGAGCUGUCGCCAGAUGGGUGUAUACGAGGGGUUAUAAGAAGGGAGAAGUGGCGAUUUCGGUGUCUUUAGGUGUACAGCUGUGCGAGCUGCACGUUAUGGAGUCGUUGUAUAAAGCCUCGGUGCAUUCUUUGCCACCACAGCUUACUACUAUGCACUGUUAUGCAAGCGCUUUCAAGGAUGGCGAGGUCGCGCUAUUGACGUCUAUUCAUUUAUGCGUUUUACUCUAACCCUUGACGCUUCAAGUCGCUUCAUUACGUGUCGCGGUAACAUGAAUAUCAGCGAUGCCUUUCCAUAACAGAAAGUGGACCGGUGUAACGCGAUCGAUUAUUUCUCGGUUGUGUUCCUGCUGUAUUGCAAUGGCUUUUAGUGAUCGCAUUUAGAGUGAGCUCCAGUCGCAUUCCAGUCCUCUUCAUACGGGCGUUAACAGUUGACUAAAGCUUCGCCAUUAUUGGAGAAGCUUUAGCCAACUGACGAAGCUUCGCCAUUAACUGGCGAAGCUUCGCCAGUUAGCUAAGCUUCGCCAUUAUUUUUAGUUUCAUGGAAGUCGGUGUGGCUGAUAAUGAGAAAGGAAUACAACCAAAGCACAACAAUCCUUGCAAUUGCAACGGCCUCUGGUUGCGUCCGACGCUUGUACUUUAUGCGGCUUGCCUUUGCUUUACUUACUUUAUUAGGAUGUCGCAGCGAAUACCGUAGUUUAUGGCGCCUUUUUUUUUAACCUCGAAACCUUUAUGUAGAUGCUGUAGCUGGAAUCGCUUGAUUUCAGGCAAGGUUUGCCUCCGCUUGUGAUAAGCUGUACUAUUUGGAAGAAACAAAAGACGUUUCUGAAACGUCCAUGCGGUAAUAUAUAACCUGGUUAUCUAGCGGCUUCAACCUAGUUGCGAAAAUGGAAUCGCCGCGAUAUGAUCGCCUCAAUAAAUAUGUAAUAAGUUUAAUGAAUGUUGUAACUAUAAUGAGUAUAACUACUUUAUUUACUUUUUUGUAAAUUUUCGCGCUACAUUACUGAUAACUGACCGUUCGAGUCGGCUUUAUAUUAACCGCUUUUGUGAGCUACAUUCAGACGGUCUCGCCAUUACAGCACCAUCUGUAAGCACCAGUGCUUGCUGGCUACGGCUAGAAGUUCUUCGCCACGUUCACAGAGGUCGUCCAGCAUCAAACGAAAAUCGGAAGCAAGUGCAGCCUUAAGUCGAUCGGCCUCCGCUGAACGUCUUUUCUCAAUUGACGGAACUUAGAGCUUCCGAUAAACGUAAGACUUCAUGAUAUUUCAAAUAAAUUUCACACCGUUCCAAGUGAAACAUUCGACAAUUUAGAAACUGCGCAUUGAAUUCACGAUGAAUAAUUCAGCACAGGCUCACUAAGAUUCACUACAGUUCCUGAGAGUACCCGUUUACUCAAAUACAGUCGAAUAGAAAGCGAAAUCUCUUUUUUUAAUAUAAUUAUACCAUGUUUUCUAAUCGUUAUUUAUAUCUGACCCCAAACCUCAUGCCCGGGUAAGAAAAAAAGCUAUAUUAUAUAUUAUCCAGGUAAAGUCAUCGGGAAGUCGGAAGUAAUGCAACGUUCAGUUACAUUACAUUGCAAAUUUCAUUGCCUGUCAUCUUAGAUUUUAAAAAUGAGCUAAACGUCUCAAUGAUAGCUAUCAGAAGAACAUCCAUAUUUCAUGACACCUAUCAGAAUGAAAGGACUGACACAGGAAAGAUAGAGCCUCAAUGACAAACUUAACGCUGUUUUAAGAUUCUAUCGCACGCGACUCCCUUUCCAUGCCCCGCGCUGACAAAUCAGUAGUGCCCUUUCUUGCCAUACCACGAACGAGAUGGGAAGCAAGUAUCGAGUUCACGCCCCGGUCGUGACCACACUAAGCAAGACCACAUACUUCGACGGCUCUAUUGUUUCUCUGCUCACGUGACAUAGCGCUCACCUACGCGUACGUUAACAUCGCUAAAGUCAAUUUAUAAAACCCUCAAAGCUUUCACUUGGAACGGUUGAUUCACUGUGAAUAGACGAACAUUGCGUCUUUGUGUUCUACUUAAGUUAUGGCCACGGCGACUUGACUGCGAAAGCUAUGAGUAUACACGCUGAGUACAUUUAAGCCCGAGUGACUCAGGCGAGUCUGGCACUCGCUUCAAAAUACGCUCAAGAUAAACACGCAUCCGUGAACAUAUCAUCGAACAAUGUCUAGCGCCGCCGCGUCAAUAUCAGCCCUUAAGCGACGCCGAGCACAACACACUCAGGCGCUCAGCAAAGCGGAAGCAGACACGAGCGAAGGGCACUAUCUGCGAAUAGGUUUGCGCGCCAUUAUAAUUAUCUUCGGUGUCGAUUGUAACGAGAAACUUCCCGGAAACAAUGUAGUACCCGCAUAACUAAAACUCGCAAGGACUCGUCGAAAAACGACACGACAUUUGCGACGCUUGUCCGGAAUCUGAAAGUCGUAAAACGCGGAUAGGUGCAAACAGUCAUGUCUAUGUAUCUCUCUUUUUAUCUUCUUCUGGUGCGAGGAACCAAUGACUCGAGCAGAGGCUAUUAUGAGAUUUGGAAUGCGGUGCCCGGCAGUGGUGGCUAACAGCAAACUCAAAGCAAUACCACAUUGAUCACACAAUGUCUGCGUGCUUGGAGCGGGAGCGUCACGAAAGUCGGCUGAGGUUGACGCAAACGUGAACGCGAUCGACGUCGCUUAACGACUGCGACAACACACUUCGAGAUAACGGAAGUUCUGCGCCCAUUAACCGGCGAGGUCACGCGCGAAUACCAAAAGCGUGUUGAAAACCAUGCUCUGAAAAAUAUAUAUAUCGUGCUAAGCGUCGCCUCCACUGAAAUGCAGAAACCCGGUUUGAGUCGGUACGCGAAGCAAACGGGGAAGUUUUUAUCUGUAGAAUUUGUGCGCUAGGGUCGCAACUAGACCGUCUAGAGCAGGAGAAGGAUAAGCUGGCUAAGCGGGUUGUAAAGCUAGAACAGCAAGCCAGCGGAUGGCCGUCCCGCAUGACGUCAUUGCUCAAAGCACACAGGCGUUCUAUUAUCCAGAAGGCGUUGCUUCUCGCCGUCACCGCUUGACAUUGCGGGAUGUCUGGCCACUUGUUUGACGUCAGCGCGCUCUGACAGCAAACGCGUUCGCUGUGUAAUCUAGGUGGUGGCGCCUUUGAAGGUCGCGCAAGCGGUGUAUGCAGACCAGUACCGGGCAUGUCGCACUGGUGCCGAAUUCCUACCGCACUUUAUCGCGGCUCACGCAGCACUGGAGGCGGGGACAAUGUAAGUUCAAUGUUGCGGCCACGUGUCAUUGUGCGUGGAUUGGAUUGGAUUGGAGAAACUUUAUUUAUGCCUGCAGUUGGGCGCUCGCGCGCCCCGACGAGGGCCUACGUCAUCGUGACAAAUGUGACGCAACAUUGGUCUUACAUUGGCACUACUUCAUGCGCUGCUGUUGGUCGCUGAAAACAAGCCUUUCUUCGGAGAGUAUAACCCAAGCCGCCAACAUGGCUUUCUCAAUAUAGGAGACCGCGUUUUAGAAGCUCGCUUUUGUCUGCAAAGUGAGAGGGCAAGCCAUCCAGAGUCCUUCGAUACUCUGCCAAUAGGUUGCCAAUCUAACGACAGAGACGUAUACAGCGCCGUCGCUAUACAGAAACUAAGCGAAUUCAUGUGUGUGAUUGCACGACAUUCUCUCGUAGAUGCCCGUAUCUGUGGCUGAGCCUUGUUUGAACUCACUGAAGUUGGUGCCUCAUUACCGCGUGUACACAUUGGUAAGAAAGUCUACAUAGUCUGUACAUACGUACUGUGACCGCUGAAUGUAUCCCUCAAGUGUGAGUUCGACCUUUUCUCCCUGAACACGUGUGUGUACAUCCGUCGUAGAGACGAACAGUACAGUACAUCGAGGUAGUGUCCCUCAGGUGAAAAAUCUCCUUCUCUUAACUGGUAGUAUUCACGGUGCAGACUAAAGGCCGCCGUGUCCACUCGAGUUCGUCAAUGCGAAGGCUAUCAAGUGGUCUUCUCGUCCCUUCGGCUUGAUUUGAAGGGGUUAAAGAUGUCUUCGGGGUGCGUUGGUUGAAUGCAGCGAACGCGCAAGCGGCUCCGCUUCUAGUGUGAAGCUACAAGACUGUGCGCACAUAUUAGCAGUAUCUUUUAUUUGUGCCUCGAAGCAAAAAAGUUCACUGGUGAACAAGUAUGAGAAGCAGCAAGCCACCGGCAACCACACAACCAAGGCGUUGUACUAGUUCCGUCAAAGGGAGCGCUUCUGUUGCAUCGUGCCUACACUGUGUUCGUUGCUGGUCAAAUCGAAUGCUCAAUGACGAUUUUUAACGGCUUGAUUAAACGGGCUUAGCAAGACGUGGAUAUAGCACUAAUGUAGAAUGACAAUACAUAGAUCCAUUGAUCAAUUUAAAUAAACAAGUUAAUAAGUCAUGGUGGUGAUGUGAACAUAAAGCUUCGAGAUACAAAUGCCUAAUCAGUCGCAUUGGGCUUCAAGAUGAUGCUUCGAGUAGUCGUUACAAUUUCUUGUUGAUGUGUCUGCGCGGGCGCAAGCGAAACAGAGCUGCACUGAGCGUAGAAGCGCCCAGACGUCAGUGCAACUGUAGCCAAAGUGUUCUUUUUUAAAUUGUUAUGUUCCAUCCAAAACACGUACAAAAGAUACCGAAGUUGCGUCUGUCGGUAAUGCGAGCUUCCACAAGAAAAGUUGUGCGCGCUUUAUUAUGUGUACUCCCGUACGGUUGUUUGUUUAUCCCGAUUGUUAUCUGGCUCUCGUGGGCGAUGUCAGAAGUUUUGUAGUUGCUCGCUGGAUGUGUAGGUCGACGAAAAGGCACUAGCAGUGGUAUGAUGUUGAAAAAUUGCCUCCGGAAUUGGUGCGAGCCUCAAUGUGUACGACAAUGACAGUCGAAAACCGAUGAUGCUGGCAGUUGACGGACGCCUGUUGGCGCUGUCAUGCAGCACUUAUCGGUACACCCCCAAAGUUUUCUUUCUGCUGACAAAAAUUUCUUCUUGUCACUCUGCAUGUGCCAUUUCUUGUUAUGCACGUUGUGCUCUGUCGACAAAAUGUCGACGUAUAUGUGUCUGAACGCGCCAGAUGAACUGGGUCUCCUCAUUGACGUAUUAUACAAUUAGCUAAAGCGCGCGAGUAAUUUGCUGUCGCGGUGAGAGAAUGCAACGAUAUAGGACAUGAUAAGCUGAGUGAUGUUAUCAAGCGUUUUUUUUUUCCAUAACCACGACCCUAUUUCGAAUUGUUCGCCAGAGUGAUUAUCCACUUCCACCGUCGGUUGUUGAGAGAAUAUGCCGAUAGUCAUGGUGCUGGAACGGCGAUAAGUUUGUUUCGCCAAUUGUUGAGGUAACUCCCUAUUGAAUACGGUCGAAAGUAGAAUCCACAGUGUUAAAACGAAGGAAUUAAGUGUCGUGCACUACGCGUAAGACGAGAGAGCACGGGAAGAUUAGCGCUGGCUUCUCGCGAACCAACGUUUCAGGCGAGACGUGACCCGUGCGACAGUGACACUGCGCAACCAAUCGACGUCGCUCCAAUGAACACGGUAAGAAAACUUCGUUCUCUUUCACUGUAUCCUGUAUCAUACACACGUGUAGUGUACCAUACCAUCUAUCUAUUAGACAGUAAAAUGGAACCACAAAGGUACACAGCGGUAGUAAUAUAUAGGUACGUUUUCAUUUCAAGAUAUCGCCUUUCGCGUCGUCCGUGUCUUUUCUAGCCCAUGUGCUGACAUAGUUAGCUGCUAUAGUGAGACACUUGCCGUGCUGCUGCGUAUAGCCCUCAUCGCAAGGUACGCGCCGAUAAAAUCCUUCGCGAAUGGGUCGGCCUGGGGUGCGAAAUAAGGAACCUCUCGAUAAAACCUAACUGAAUAAGUGAACGUACACGAAAUAUAGUCCGACUCUUCCUCUGUGCGACUAUUAAACAGUCGUGUUGACUACACUCACGUUACGAGAAGUCUAUAAUAUCGGCCGUGUCACGAGAGAUUUUAUCGACGUACUUCGCGAUGUAAAGCGACAAGGCAUAUGUACACAAAAAAAAGCAUAUAUGUGGCGUCAAAUAAUAUACAAACGAACGAACCUUGUAUAUAGUAUACGAUAGCCCUGCACGCUUUUGUGGGGGAAUGAAGACGAUGAACGAAGAAAAAAAAAAGAAAGAAAAACACGUUUGAGACAAGUAAGGUGAGAACGCAGCUUUGGUUGCUCGUUAACGUUGCCUCGGUAAUACGAUGUGCCGCGCAAGGUGAAGCAGGUCGCGUGUAUAACGCCCGUGUUGACCGUAUUGCCAGAGAUGUAUAUUGACAGCAAACACAAGAGAAGCCGUAACAGUGGGAAAUGGGCUUGGCGUCCCGUGAACUUUGCCUCCUGGCUUGCAAAACGGAAGGUCGUGUUUCUGAAUGUGCUUCCGUUGAGACUUUCGUUACAGAACCUAAGCACGAAAAAAAAAGAAAAAAAUAUGUGACUAGUUUUGACACGAUACAGCAGUUUCUCCUCGCUUCCUGUCCCAAACUCCUCUCCUUGAUUCCGCAUUCAAUUACUCGUUCAUCUGCUCCCUUAUAGUACGUGAGGUGCCGGAUAAACUGUGUGCGGCGAAAGCACACGCAAAGUGUAAGGAGUGUCCUUUCCCAUCUAAUAGUGCCUUGAUUGCAAGUCGGUGUGUGACCAGAGUCAAGCUAUAUAUUUCGCAGAGAGAUAUCGUUUACUAGAUAGAUAGAAGACUUUCGGGCCGGACAAAAUUGAAAUAAUGUCCAGUAUGUACUAAGAGUACUUGUUUGGUCAUGUGCAAAACCAUUGGAGGAGGUAUACGGGAACGCUUUACGAUGGCAAACACCAAAUGCUUUGACAAUAAAGCGCUAUUUUAGCGCAGUCUACUGAGGGCGAAACUCACGGCAUGCCAAGCCCCCUUUCUCGCAGUCUAUGUGCAUAACUGUUGUACAGCGUGUACGCCAUGCGGAUGCUGGAAUAAAGUGCUAA